CCAUUGACCUGGUUUUUCUUCUUCUUUUUCUUUCCUUUUUUCUUUCUUUUUUUCUUUCCUUUUUUCUUUUCUUUUCUUUUUUUCUUCUCUUCUUCUUCUUUGCUUUUCUUUUCUUCUUUCCUCCUCCUAUUCUUUUUCUUUUUCCCUCGUAAGCACGCCGAUCAUGACUGGGCGAGGGAACUGUUUCACUUGUGGCUUACCGGGGCACUUUUCAAGGGAGUGUAAUCAGCGUUUAGGCUACUCAUAUGGGCGACCUCCAGUGGCAACAGGGACCAAUGCUCAGCCGCUGCUGGCUUUGCCAGCACCUGCCACCGUGACGCCGCAGGCGGUGACACCGAUUGCCACUACGGCUUAUGUGACGCAACCGAGAGGUGGUUUCUGGCGAGCUAACCAGGAGACGUUGGAUAGAUGCAAUGCGUUCAUUAGUCGCGCGGAGCAGAAGGAAAAAGAGCAAGAGGAGGAGGCACAACGGGUGAAGAAGAAGCAAGAAGAGGAGGAAACGGCCAACAGGGUGAAGAAAGAACGAGAAGAAUUUGAGGCACAAAUGGGGCAACGAUUGGAGAAUCGAUUGACGGUCCUUCGGGAGGCACUCUUGGGAAAAGGUGGCAGCAACGCAAGCACUAGCGGCGAAAACGAAGAACUUAGCAGACUACCAAAGGAGAAUGAAGAACUGUGUGCUAAAAUUAGCGAUAAGGGCAAAACGAGUGAGACUAAAGUUAUUGAGCAAUUGAAGAGAGAGAAUGAGGUGCUGAGACGCAGCAGAACUGAGGACGAGAACAUGGGGAGGGAACUCCCGAGCUUACGAAGGGAGUUGCACGAAGUUAGAGACAACCGAACGACUGUAGGGAAGGAAGAAUUUGAACGAGAAAUCGAAUGUUUACGUGAUGAAUUAGAACUGCUGAAAGAGAAGAUCGAUAUGCAACGCUGCGACCAAGCCGAGGUUGACCUGCUGAAGGAGAAACGGGCAGCUGCUGAAUUAAAGCGCAUGCAAGCAGAGAAUGAGAUACUCAGAUUACGGGAAGAGAUGAGCAAACUUUCCACGAAGCAAACAGUGGUUGAAACUCCGAAGGAGAAGGAGACGAAUCUGAUGAAACAGCUGAACGAGGCUGCUACUGAAGUGCAAAAAUCAAGGAGGGGGAAGGUUAAGGCCACCCCAAGGCGUUUUUCGAUAGCAGAGAGUAGUGCUAAGAAAGCCAAUGACAUGUUCGUUUUCGUUCAAGACGAGAAGAACAGACUGAAGGCACUAAAGAAGAAGGGCCUCAAACCGGUGUGUGUAGCAGUCGGCAUCAAGUACAAGACUAUUGAUACUUUUGCUGAGGAGUUGGCGCAGUACAACGCUGACCAAGUGUUCGGCAGCCAUAGUGAGCCAGAUCUAGGGAACACAGGUGAGGACGGGAUUGUUGAAGGAGGAGACAACUCUACUACGGAGGAUGGUAAGUGCGCUGACGUCCUGGAAGUUCCCUCCGAUACUGCUUGAUUGGACUUCCCGGACGUGACGAAACUGUGGGGACUUUCUAAUUGGUGUCGUAAUCAACGGUCUGCAUCUAUUUCCUCUCUGCGAGAUGCUAGGCUUAACAUGUUUCUCCAGACUAUCGUCCUUCUUCUUAUAUUAUGUGGUGAAAUUUCUUGGGCUGGGAAAUUCAAGUCUAAUUUGCUCUCCGCUGCGCGAAAUGAGGACGAUCUCUUUCACUUCUCUGGGCCUCUGGUCUAUGUAUUGAUCUCUCCCUGGAACAAGCAUGCUUAUAUUAGGUCUACGGGCAGGUCUCUGGAUAUCAGGUGGAAUGAACAUGCCUAUAGGGC